AUAUGGCGCCUUGAUCAGCUGGGUGUUGUGUAGUGCGUGCUUGAGAUGCUCGUCUUUAGAAAAUCAACCGAGACUGUCGUCUGUCUACUAAGAUACGUUACAGGUAAUCGGGAUGUGUCAAGCAAAUGCACUUCGACAGACAUUAAUCUAAAAAAAAUUAACAUUGGAUAAUGAGACCGUUGAACAGUGAAAUCUGGCAGAACUUCUUUAAAAAAUGAUCAAGGAAGAACUCGACGCGAUAUGCCACCAGAUAGACCAGAUUCCACAGGUAUGGAAAGUGGAAUAGAGUUGAGGUCCAAUCAAAUUUUCAAUUUUCAAGAUGCAACUUAUACAACUAAAGAGCGUAAUAAUACAAAUACGUUUGUAGAAUCCAAUUCGAGUUACGAUAUUCAAGAAGAAUUACCUAUCAAUGAAAAAUCAAUAGAAAAGAAUAGUCAAUCGGAUGAUGAUUUAACUUCCCUUAGCUGGUUACAUCAACAAAAUUUACUCAAGGGCUUAGAAAUAUCUAACCCUAGCAAGGACAUAAAAAAUGAGAAUCUUUUAAAUAACAAUGUGUGCGACGAUAUUGCGGACUUUUCUGAAAAUACUAAUUCUGUUUCCAGUUUGGAUGAUAGUUACUGUUCAGAAAUUAGAAGUAAAAAGACUUAUUCUACAUCACAAAGCCACGGACAGCAAAACUAUCAGCACUCGAAUAGAAAUUGUCAGAAGUCCGGUCAAGUGUUUAAUGAUUGCAUGAAAGGUCACUAUGAAACUUCUCCUAGUGAUCAAACGAAAAUAUCAUUGAGUAACAACAAUUUACCAGUGUCAAAUCGCAACAAGCAUCCAACACAUAUCCCUUAUGAUCCUCACUUACAUAAAAAUAGUAAACCACCAUAUUCUUUCUCCUGUUUAAUUUUUAUGGCAAUAGAAGACAGCCCUGUGAAAGCUCUUCCAGUUAAAGAAGUUUAUGCAUGGAUAUUGGAUCAUUUUCCAUAUUUUAGGAAUGCACCAACUGGUUGGAAAAACUCUGUUCGUCAUAAUCUGAGUCUAAAUAAAUGUUUUCGUAAGGUAGAAAAAGCUCCAAAUUUAGGUAAGGGUUCGUUAUGGAUGGUAGAUGCUCAAUAUCGUCCAAAUUUGAUACAGGCAUUAUCUCGUGCUCCUUUCCCACCUCCAACUGCACAAAAUCUUUCUACACCAGAAAAAACUCAAAGGAAGAAUGCAAGUGCACGUCUUCCAGAUCCCGUCUUAUUCCCAUACCUUUCCAAAAGACUGGCAUCUAGCAAUAUUAGCGAAACUCCUGAAACAGAAGUAGAUAGUGAUGUGGAUGCUGCUGCAGCUGCUAUGCUUUCCUUUAAACAUGGGCCAAUUAUUUUGAAUCACAAUAGAGAUCGCAAGAAAAAAAUAUUGGAAACUGAAAAGUUAGUUCCUGUAAUAACAAGAAGUUCUAGCGAAGAUCACACUUAUAGUUGUAUCACAUCAAUUAAAUUGGAAAACAAGUACUCUACCGAGGAGGUGUCUGCUGAUUUCGAUGAGCAAAGAAAAAUAGCGGAUGCGCUUCUUAACUUAGCGGGAGUAAAUACGGCACUCAAUAAUAACAAAAUGCAUCACGUACAAGCUAUGAAUCCUGUAUCAAAGACAGAGGGGGUGACGAAAACUAAAAGACGGUUAGUUUCGAACGAUUAUUCGAGCACAGCGGAGAAGAAACGUAAACGUUGGCGAGAGUGGGGAGAAGGAAAUCGGUACCUAAAGCAUAUUAGAGGUUAAUACAACAAAUUUUUCUCAUAUAUAUAUAUAUAUAUAUAUAUA